AUGGACACACCACCACCACCACCAGAGAAGCGCGAGGGCAACGAUGGCAAUGGCAUGCCACACGUUCUCGUGGUGCCCUUCCCAGCUCAAGGCCACAUGCUGGCGCUCCUCGACCUCGUCGCGCUGCUCGCCACGCGCGGCGGCGCCGAGCUCUCGGUCACCGUGGCCAUCACGGCGGGCAACGCCCCGCUCCUCGAGCCGCUCCUGGAUGCCUGCCCGUCCGUUGGCGUCGUCACGCUGCCGUUCCCUUCCUCGCCGUUGCUCCCAGCGUGCUGCGGCGAGAACACCAGGGACCUUCCGUUCCACCUCUUCCGGAUGUUCAUCCCGGCUCUGGCCGAGCUGCGCGCGCCGCUCCUCGCCUGGUGCAAGGCCCAGGCGCCCCAUCAGCGCGUCACGGCCGUCGUCUCCGACCUCUUCACCAGGUGGGCGCGGCCGCUCGCCGCCGAGCUCGGCGCCAGGUACGUCACGUUCUCGCCCAGCAGCGCGUUGCACGUCGCCUUCUCGCGCCCCCUCUGGCGCGACAUGCCGCAGAGACCACGUGCCGACGCCGACGAUGACGACGACGAGGCCGUCGUCACGUUCCCGGAUGUACGCGGCGCGCACAGCUUCCCAUGGCGCCGGAUGCCAAUCACGUACCGGCUCCACAAGGUCGGCGACGAGCCAUGUGAGAUGAUCUGUCAAAUCUAUCUCUGGAGCCUGCUGGACACCGAGUGCGUCGUCCUCAACUCCUUCGCGGCUCUCGAGCCCACCUACCUGGACGACUGCCGUUCGGCGCCUUUGGUCCCGCGGCUUCGGGACGCAGCACGCGCUGUCGCCGUAGCAGGCGGCGUGCGUGGCGGACGCGCUGGCUCAGAGCUCGGCGGCCAUCGUGUCGUGUGGGCCGCGGGGACGCUCACCGUGUUGCCGGAGGGGUUCGAGGCGGCCACGGCUUCGCGGGGCAUGGUCAUCUGUGGGUGGAGGCCGCAGGUGGAGAUCCUGCGCCACCGCGCCGUGGGCUGGUUCCUGAUGCACUGCGGCAUGAACGCCGUGCUCGAGGCCGACUCCGCCGGCGUGGCCAUGCUCACCUGGUCUAUGGGCGCCGACCAUUUCUUCAACAAGAUCGUGGUCGAGGAGGCCGGCGUGGCCAUGCACGUGGCGGAGGGUGCCGAUACCGUACCUGAUGCUGGGCGGAUGGCGGAGGCCAUCGCCGCGGCCGUCGGGGACGAGGGAACGGCCAUUAGGGAGCGCGGCGUGGAGCUCGGCCGCAAGGCCGCAGCAGCUGUGGCAGAGGGUGGGAGCUCGUACAUGGAUUUUCAAGAGCUGGUUCACAUGCUGGCAAAGGUCGACUAG